AUGUCUCGAACAUUGGGAUUGGGGAUUAUCGGUGCGGGGGAAGUCUUCCAAGUCUGCCAUGGGCCUUGUCUCCUGCUUCUCUCGCAUCUCUUCAAGAUAGAAUCAAUUUGUGAUCUGUCAGCAAAAACGGUAGAUCAUUGUGCUAUCAAGUUUCACAUCCCCCACAAGACCACCGCGCCGCAGGAGGUCAUUGAACACCCAAAUGUCGAAGUAGUCUUCAUCCUGACUUCCGACGACAGCCAUGCCCCACUAGCGUGCGCCAGUCUGAAAGCCGGAAAGCAUGUCUUCAUCGAAAAGCCCGUCACGCUGUCUCUUCCAUCUCUGGAAUCUGUGAUCGAUGCCGAGAAGAACGCUCCCAACGGUGCUCGUGUCUUCGUUGGAUACAUGCGUCGCUAUGCGCCGAGCUUUUUAGAAGCUUUCAAGCGGGAGAUUGCGACUAUUCCCAAGAUCCUCUAUGCCCGCGUCCGCGAUUUCAGCGGGCCCAACACGAGCUUUGUCAAUCAGAGUGGUACAUUCCAAGUCAAGAACUCUGACUAUCCACAUUCUGCUUCAGAAGAGCGAGAUGCUCGUCUAGAGGGUCUUUUCAAGGAGGCAUUUCCCAAUGAGCCUAUUACCGACGAGAGAAAGAAAUAUUGUCGCUUUCUGGGUAGCCUGGGUUCUCAUGACAUCUCACUCAUGCGCGAAGUCCUCGGCUUUCCCGAGGAUGUCGUUGCCGUAUCUUGCAACGACCCUUUCUAUACUGCUAUGAUGACUUUCCGCAACGCGGACGGCUCCACUUUCUCGACAACCUACGAGAGCGGCAUCGAUCAGGUUCCGAUGUUCGAUGCGCAUAUGGCCGUUUACGGCGCUAAGAAAAGAGUUACUAUCAAGUAUGAUAGCCCUUAUGUCAAGGGACUUCCCAUCUAUGUGGAGGUUGACGAGGUUAAUGAGCGAGGCGAGGCUCAGCACCGCUCUGUGUUAUCUUCGUAUGAGGAUGCCUACACGGCCGAGCUCCAGGAGCUAUAUGAAUCCCUGGUCAACGGCAAGCCCAUCAAAUCGACGGUUUCUGAUGCCAAACAAGAUCUGCAGAUCUACGAUAUGAUGUACCGUCGUUUGUCUCAGCAAAUCUAA